GUCCUUCUGUUGUGCAAUCAUUAGAUGGAACUCUCACCCUACAACCAAAAGGGACUAUUGGUGUUGUGGUGGUUCCUGAUGAAGGAAGUUUUACUUUAAAGUGUGAAGAAAGAUCAAGAAUCUCGAUUCAUCAUAUUAUUCUCACAAAAAAA